GGACGUUUCCUUGAUGACGAGGUCAACAACAUGGCGCUGCCCGUGGCUUUGCAGAAAUGUGCCGCCUGCUCGUCGAUAUGUGUUGUUCAAGACUGCCAGUCAACAUUUGACCAACUGUGAAGCAGUGUCGGUUUCGGAAUCAUCUACUGUUUCUCCCUGUUGUGUUUUUCAGUUGAAUGUAAACAGCUGAAGGGCCUGGACAGCACCAUGUCGGGGUCGAACGCCUGGAGUCGCGGCCGAGAGAAAAUACGACUUUUCCCCGAACUGUUCGCUCAGUGUGCAGGAGAGGCAACAGCAUAUGGGAAGUGUGUGGCAGGCACCACGACAGGCAGACAGGAGCUGAAGAAGGACGUGUGUGCGAAGGAAUUUGAAGCACUGAAGACCUGCUUUACGAACGCUGCCAAGAAAAGAGCCAAAUAAAUGGAAACUAUCCUCGUUGUGUUAGAGGUGCGAAUGCAGUGGAGCAUCCUGAAAAACAGAACAGAUGAAAAGUGUUGCAUGGCUGGAAUUAACAGGACAGUGCUGCUACUUGGUGCUGUGAAUGUGUAUCACAGCAAAUCAAGCGAUACUUUUUAUAAUGACUGCUGAAAUGGAAACUGCACCAAUUGUUUGUUUUGUUUCUUUGCAUUGAUGUGUCCCAAGAAUAGGCAAGAUCCAUAUAACUUUGUAAUAUAAAGCUGUGAAUAAAAAGGUGCUAUUA